AUGAUGGGGGUUAAUGCAAAAGAAAAAUUUGGUCGAUUUAAAUUUCAUUCGAUUCAAUUUUUUUGGAAAAUAGUGCAUGAUUGGUCUUUCUCACUAUCAUCUCUUAUUGGAUAUAAUUUAUUAGUAUCUUUACUACCACUUAUUCUAUGUCUAUUCUCUAUUGCAACUUUAAUAUUCCAAGGUGAUCAGGCUGUCAUAGAUAACAUUCGUAAUCGUCUAAUAAAUGCAUUUCCUAAAGACGAAGGUAUAGCUGAUAUAAUUGAUGGUUUACUAAAAUCUUUAUCACAGCAAGCUGGUUUGGUAUUUUUAAUUACGUUUUGUGUAUCAGUAUUUGCUGGUUCACGUUUAAUGAUUGGUAUUGAUGAUGUUUUAACAAUAAUUUAUCGAAUACGUGAACGAUCUGCAAUUGAUCAAAAUAUUCAUGCUAUUAAAAUGCUUUUAUCAUUUAUAAUUCUUAUGCCACUUUUACUUAUAAGUUCAUCAGCUCCUGCCGUUUUGACAAAACACGAAGGACUUGCUCAAAUUGGAACAGCAUUAGGCAGUGCAAUAUUUGGAUUUUUAUUAUUUGAAUUAAUUUAUUAUAAUGUACCAAAUCGAAAAAUGCUUUUCCGUAAUACCUGGGCUGGAGCAUUAGCUGCUGCAAUUGGUUUACAAAUACUUCUUUCUAUUUUUCCAAUGUAUGUUCAUUCAUUUAUGUCAAAUUAUGUUGGUCAAUUAGGUUUUGUUAUAGUAGCAGUUUUGCUCUUUUAUCUCUUUGGCUUGGUAUUAGUUAUUGGUGCUCAAAUUAAUGCAUAUUUUUUUGAUCAUAUUCAACCAUUACCAGUUGGCCUAGGUACGCUCUUAAGUAGAAAUCUUGAUAAUGAAAAUGCAAUAUUAAUUGAUGGUAAUUUACAACCAAAGGACAACACAUCAACAUUAAUCGAAGGAUUAAAUCCACUUCCAUAA